UCCACACUCAGGCGCUGGCGGUAAUGCACCAUAGAGCUGGUUUGCAAAAAGAAAAAGUAGAAGAAGAAGAUCCCAGUAUGCAUCGCGGUCCGAUCGCGCUUUUGUUGCCGGAAAACCCUUUGGAAGAAUGCAAUCACAGCCCGAUAUUGAGAGGUUGGAAAAUGGAGAUGCAUCUCAGGGAGAAGAUCCCACCGGUCUUCCUGUCCCGGCUGCUGACCACUUUUUUAAUAGCUCUACAGUUGCUUCAAGGUUCCUGCAGGCUGAACUGGAGCUGAAUGCACGGUUACGGACACUGUCGUUUGGAAAACCGGUGCGAUACACGUACAACCCGCUUGAGUAUGCCUGGGACACACACCGAUGCUACGUGGAGACGUACUGUCAGGACGGACAGAGCGUUCUCUUUCUGGGCAUGAACCCGGGGCCGUUUGGCAUGGCACAAACAGGGGUUCCAUUUGGUGAGGUAAAAGCAGUUCGCAAUUGGUUGAAGAUCACUGGAACGGUCGGGCGUCCAGCAGACGAGCACCCAAAGCGCCGAAUCACAGGCCUCGACUGUACUCAGAGUGAAGUGAGUGGAGCCCGUUUCUGGGGCUUCUUCCAAGAGCUCUGCGGUGAAACGCACAACUUCUUCCGCCACUGUUUUGUGCACAACUUGUGCCCUCUCAUCUUUAUGAGUGAGUCUGGCAAGAACCUGACCCCACCUGAACUCCCGGCUGCGGAGCGUGAUGCCCUUUUGUCCUGUUGUGAUAGCGCUCUUUGUCAGGUAGUCACUGCACUGGGUGUCUCAAUGGUGAUCGGAGUGGGCAAACUCGCUGAGCAACGUGCUCGACGCGCGCUUUCAGAAGCAGGUAUCACAGUGAGGGUGGAGGGGAUCAUGCAUCCGUCCCCUAGAAACCCACUGGCUAAUAAAGGUUGGGCAAACAUAGCUCGAGAUAAACUGGAUAAUCUGGGGGUGUUAAGUUUGCUUACCAGAUGAUGAUGAUGAUGAUGAUGAUGACGGCUACUACCUCAUACGCAUUUUAAAAUUCACCCAGCAAUGCUUUUGAACCUUGCUAUUUCCAUUUUAAAUUACUUCAUGAAAUGAGACAUCGAUGGGAGAGGUCAUGUAUAAAACAACAGAUGUUAUGCCCAUUAAUAGAGUACUUUAUCACUUUAUUUUAUUUUUUUAUGCGUAAUAUUUAUCAGUGUGUGUGUGUGUGUAUAUAUGUCUAGAAUUUCUAGAAAAGUUCUUUUGUAUGUUAAGAUGUAAAGGUUCCCGAUUCUGUCGUAAAUGUAUUUUCUUUUUUAUUAUUUUUUUUUUUAAAUCAAAAAUGUUUUUUUAUAUGCAUUUGGAGUUUGGAAAAAUAGGGUUAAACAAAGGAUUCCAUAUAAAUCUAAUAACUAAAAACUGUACAUUAUCAAGAUUUGGCUUAAAAACUACUGUGCAUACUGCAUAUAAGUCUUUAAUUGUAACACACUAACUAACCCACAGUGAGUUCAAGAGGAUGUUCGUAUAGAGUUCAUUCUCAUUUUUGCUGUAGAGUGGGUUGUAAUUUCAUUCUGUGUGUUAAACCCAAAUUGUUGAGUCAAAUGUGUAAGUGAUGGCAGUAAAUUCUACCUCAUGUUCAUCACCAUCCUAUAAUUUUGUGUUCAUCUGUUAAUGAAAGUGUCAAAUCAUGAAAACAUUCAUCUCA